UUUGAAUAGACGUUUUAAACGGUAGAAUAAUUAAAUAAACUUUUUUUCAUAUAGAAAAAAGUUUGAUUUGAAAAUAUUACACGAAAACAGUUUUUUCAUUAAAAAAAUAAUAGUUUCGUUUUUAAUAAAUACAUUUUAUUCCAAAUGAAAUUUAAAAUGCGUUCUUGUGGUAUGAGUUUGAUUAAAUACAUAUUAUUUGCAUUUAAUAUAGUUUUCGCUAUAUCGGGCUUGGGUAUUUUAAUAGCCGGAUCUGUGGUUUUAGCUGAUGUCAAUGAAUUUAAUCACUUCAUAGAGGGGAAAGUUACUGCACCGCCAAUAGUUUUAAUUGUAACCGGUUUAAUUAUAUUCGUUAUAGCCUCGUUGGGUUGCUUUGGUGCCAUCAAGGAGUCUCCGACUUUACUUUUGGCGUAUGCUCUUCUAUUGGCCAUUAUAUUUAUUAUUGAACUUGCUGUGGGCAUAGCGGCCAGUGUCUUUAAGAAUGACUUGGAAAUGAUGAUUAAAAACUCACUACAAGAUUCUAUAAAACGUUCUAAUCAAGAGGAUACCAUGGCUUGGGAUAAUAUACAACGCAAAUUAAUGUGUUGUGGUGUGGACAAUCCUUCGGACUGGCGUACCAUGAGUGCAAAUAAAACUUUGCCUCCCAGCUGUUGUCGUCCCCAAUAUAUUGAACAAAAUGUGGGACAUUGCACGGAAUCGCCUGCUUUGGGAAAGGAUAAAUAUUAUCAGGAGGGUUGCGUUGGAAAACUAAAAGAGCGCAUAGAGAAAAAUGCCAUUAUAUUGAUUGGAGUGGGCAUUGGCAUUGCCUUCAUACAAAUAUUGGGCAUUAUAUUAGCAUGUUAUUUAGCUUCCACCAUACGACACGAACGAAACAAAUAAAUGAUUGGUAAGAAAUAUUGAACUGCGUCAUCGUCUAUGUUUAGAAAAACGCUAACAACAUUAACUACAACCAAAAGAAGAAAAAAAUUGAACUAAUGACCACCUUACCAAAUUAUCACACAAACAUUUAUUUAUACAUACGUACAACUAGUCCAGUAAAUUGUCCUGUUGCUAUAAAACACAAAAUGUGACAAAAAAAACUAACAACUUUAAUGGCCUAAUUUUUAUAUUUUCUAACUUGUUCGAGAUUUUAACGAUUUAUUUUGUUUUGUUUAAUAAUUUUAGGAAAUAUUAGCACGUAUAAUUUAUUUAGUCCUUUAUCAAGAGUUUACCUUUGUAUAUGAGGGUGUGUGUGUUUGGAAAUAUACUAAAACAAACAUACCAACUAUUUAAAAGAUUCGUCCUAAGAAGUCAUAUUAAGCUGUUCUAAACGCAACAAUUAAUAACAAAAUAAAAAUAAUGAAAAGUAUGCUAUUAAUUUAACUUUUUUUAAAUUAUAUUAUGGCUUUUAACUUGUAGACUUUAAAUUAUUAAAAAAGCAAUUAAAAGAAAAAUAUUUUCUACCUCUACUCUUGUUAUUGUUUAAGUCAUUGUUUGGAAACCAAUAAUAAGCUUAUCAUUAAAUUAAUUUAUAUUAUAUAAAAAAAAUAAAUUUUUCAAAAAUAAAUUGUUUUUAA